AUGGACCCGGCGACGGCCGCGCAGGUGAGCGAGGCGGUGGCGGAGAAGAUGCUCCAGUACCGGCGAGACAACUCGGGCUGGAAGAUUUGCCGGGAAAGCAACGGAGUUUCAGUUUCCUGGAGGCCAUCUGUGGAGUUUCCAGGGAACCUGUACAGAGGAAAAGGCAUUGUGAACGGGACACCAGAGCAGGUGUGGGACUGCGUGAAGCCACUUGCUGGGACUUUACGAGCUCAGUGGGAUGAGAAUGUGAACAGUUUUGAAAUUAUUGAAAGCCUCACUGAUACCCUGCUCUUCAGUAGAACCACCACGCCCUCAGCCGUCAUGAAGCUUAUUUCCCCCAGAGACUUCGUGGACCUGGUGCUAGUCAGGACGUAUGAGGACGGCACCAUCAGUUCCAACGCUACCAAUGUGGAGCAUCCAUCUUGUCCCCCGAAACCGGGUUACGUGAGAGGAUUUAACUAUCCCUGUGGUUGUUUCUGUGAACCUCUGCCAGGGGAGCCAAACAAAACCAGCCUGGUCACGUUCUUCCAGACUGACCUCAGUGGUUACCUCCCACAGGGUGUGGUGGACUCCUUCUUCCCCCGCAGCAUGGCUGGGUUCUAUGCCAACCUUGAGAAAGCAGUGAAGAAAUUCUUCGGCUGA